UCUCUACCCUUCACUACCUUCCAAUCUCCUUAUCUUUGCCCAAAGGAAGAUUGCCAAUACCCAUAAAUAAACAAAAGAGAAAACCCAGAAGAAAUAGUUCAAAAUUCAUACAAAAAAUCAAACCGGCACUCUCUUCCUCUUACCAUACAUCCAUCUCUUAGAGCUAUGGCCACCCAAAACAAGAUUGAGAAAAUUACAGCCAAACAAGACCAAAUAUCAAAACAAGAAAACCCACAACACCAUCUACUCCAAUCCACAAACCACCAAAAGCCUACUACUUCUCACCCACAUUCACCUUCCUCCUCUCCUUCCCAUGAAUUCUCCUUCACAAUCUCUCUCCACCCAUCACCACCAUCCGUCAUCGACAAACGCAAGACCCCACCGUCCAUUGCCAUCGACUUAUCCCCGGCUGAUGAUAUCUUCUUCCAUGGCCACCUCCUCCCUCUCCAUCUCCUCUCUCACUUCUCCAACUCUCCACGUAUCUCCACCACUUCCUUGGACAAUCUCAACCCAACCAUUCGAGAUCUCUUCAGCAUUUCAAAGCUCAACAACGACAACGACAACGAUGACGACAACAACAACAGCAGCAGCAGCAACAAUAGUGGGUCCAAGGGAAGAAGCAAGCCCAAGUCAUUCUCCUUGUUCAAGUUUGGAAAAUGGCGAAAAGCAUUCCAAACUGGUGAAAGUAAAGAAAACAAAAGGAAGUUGAGAUUCAACGUAAGGCGGGUUUUGAAGAGGUAUGUGAGGGUGGUUAGGCCCUUCUUGUUCUUCAGAGGAAGAGAGAAGGAGAAGCGCGAGCAGCCAUAUUCCUUCUCAGGCAAUUUGAAUUCUUUCAAGUGGAAGGAGUGGGGAGUAAGAAGAAGAGGAGGAUUCUCUGCUCCGGCUUCCAUGCGAACGUCUCCGACAAACAGUGGCCUUCUUCUAGCAACCACUUCCAUCUCUUCAUCCAACGAUAGCACCAUGGAAGAGCUCCAGAACGCAAUCCAAGCAGCCAUUGCACAUUGCAAGAACUCCAUUGCAGUGAAAGAGGAGACUUGCAAAUGACUGUAUGAGAAUCAGAAGAUAAUUAGCUUUUUCUCUCUUUUCUUUA